CCCUAGUUAAACCCUAAUAAACCAAACAUCCUUCCUCUCUCUCUGAAAUACGAAAAAGAGCAGAAGAUAAUUUAUCGACAAGCCUGGUAUUUAAGUGGAGAAGGAUAGAGGGGAGGGCCCAUUAUCCAUUGAGUUUUGAAUCGUGCAUCAUUGGCCCUCGGGAUUUCUUGAUCAGUAAAGAUGAAUGCUAAUAACUUACCAAGAGAAAUGGACACGGAGCAGAUUUUUGGUAUGGCCGAGAGGGAGAUGGAGUACAGGGUUGAAUUUUUUAACAAGCUCACCCAUACGUGCUUCAACAAGUGUGUCGAGAAAAAGUACAAGGAAGCUGAGCUAUAUAUGGGUGAAAAUACCUGCAUUGAUCGUUGUGUCUCGAAAUAUCAGCAGGUGACGAACAUCAUCGGAAAGAGGCUCGCUAAUGGACAACGUCCCAUGUGAAAUUCUUCUACACCUGAUCAUAUAAUUUUUUGUUCAAAGAACAGUAUAUCACAUUUCCUGCUACUACUCAUAUCUUUGGCAUCAUAUGAGAAUCAACAUUCUGUUUUCCAUUUUUAAAAUUCUAUUACAUUAGGCAGUCGGGUUAAGGGGGAAGGAGUACAGUAAGAAUUAAACCAAAACUUAUUGUGUAAAACUUCCCGCUGAUACCACUAGACGGUUUGGCGAGGUGAAGAAGGGAGUUGAUAUUAUUCUAGACUCUGGGGACCUGAGGGGUUCAGGGGAUUCUCUCAAUCUUUCAUUUAUAGUUUUGAUGGUGUCACCAAAGCCAUGAAAAUUUGACUUUUCUGUGAAAUUUUUGGUAGUGUAUCAUUACUUGGUUGAUAUAGAAAAACAGAUGGAUUUUGUCUCUGUUCGGAACAUUUCAGUACUUUUCACUCCUUUAAAUGCAAAUAAAUUUGCAAGCUGUGUCAUAUGAUCCUUCUGAUGUAAAUGCAAACUUUCUAUGACUAUAACAUACCCAAUGUAAUUCUACGA